GUAUCCGCAUGCGCGACCGAGCCCCGGGGCGGCGCUGCUCCAUCCGGGUAUCCGGCGGCCUGUGGCUGUUUUGUUUUCUUCGCUGAAACUGGGAAAGUGAAGGGAUCCCGCGCGGCGCGACACCAGGCUCUGGACCGACUGCACCGGUCGGGCUGGACUGACUUGAAAAAAAUGUCCGGAUUUCUAGAAGGCUUGAGAUGCUCUGAAUGCGUUGACUGGGGAGAAAAGCGCAAUACUAUUGCUUCCAUUGCUGCUGGUGUUCUGUUUUUUACAGGCUGGUGGAUUAUCAUAGAUGCAGCUGUCAUUUAUCCUAGCAUGGAAGACUUCAACCACUCCUACCACGCCUGUGGUGUUAUAGCAACCAUAGCCUUCCUAAUGAUUAAUGCAGUAUCGAAUGGACAAGUCCGAGGUGAUAGUUACAGUGAAGGCUGCCUGGGUCAAACAGGUGCUCGAAUUUGGCUGUUCAUCGGUUUCAUGUUGGCCUUUGGCUCUCUGAUUGCAUCUAUGUGGAUUCUCUUUGGAGGGUAUGUUGCUAAAGAAAAAGCCAUAGUAUACCCUGGAAUUGCUGUAUUUUUCCAAAAUGCCUUCAUCUUUUUUGGAGGACUCGUUUUUAAGUUUGGCCGCACUGAAGACUUAUGGCAGUGAAAACAUCUGAUUUAUUACUACAUAGCAGCCCUGCAUGGGGUUUUUUUUUACUACUCACUCCCAGUCUUUUGUAAAGCCAUUUUCUAAACUUAUUUCUGAGUGUAGUUGAGACUUAAAUUUGUAUAAUACUAAAAUCAUGAGAAUGCCCUGUUUAAACAACCACCACCAAAAAAAUCUUACUGUGGUCUGCAUUUGAUUAACUUGCGAAAUGUUAAAGAAAAACAUUUCAUGUGUGCAAUUUUUAUUAAGUUUUAUCAUGGUAUAAUUUGUAAAAAUAAAAAUGAAUCACAAAAGAAAUGAUGUAAGUAUUUGUCAUAUCUAAGGUCCAAAGCUGCAAUUAAAGCGCUCUGAAGACUUAAUGUGUUUAUUUAAAUGUGGUCUCUUCUGUGUCAAAUAAUUAAGUGAAAUAUAAACAUAGUUUUUAAAAACUA